UGACCAUUUACUGUUGGUACAGCUUUUUUUCCAGGUUUCUAUGGUUAGGAGAAGGUACUUCCUUGUCUCGCUGUGAAUCGAAUUAUUUGACUCCUGAACCAAUAACUAACCAUAAAUAUGUUGAUAUGCCUGUAGCCAGACACAGGAGAGAGAUAGUGCAUCUGAUAGAAAGCAAUUCCAUUGUGAUUGUACAAGGAGCAACUGGCAGCGGCAAGAGUACACAAAUUCCACAAUACAUUUUAGAUGAUUGCAUUCAGCGAUCUGUCCACUGCAACAUUGCUGUUACUCAUCCUCAGAGAAUUGGUGCCAGCAGCCUUGCCAAGUGGAUUUGCAAGGAAAGAUCGUGGAAGUUAGGUGAACUUGUAGGAUAUCAGGUGAGGUUGGAGAAUGUUUCCUCAAGGGCGACAAGGUUGCUGUACAUAACAACUGGAGUUUUUCUUGAAAGAACAGUUCAAGCAAAAAGCCUAGCUGAAUUCACGCAUGUUGUGAUUGAUGAAGUGCAUCAGCGUACAAAAGAAAUGGAUUUCUUGCUUUUGAUGAUCCGUAAACUGUUGUGUACAAAUUCACAGUUUGUAAAGGUAAUAUUAAUGUCUGCUUCCAUCAACUGUAAAGAAUUUGCUGAUUACUUUGCACUUCCAGUUCAUAAUGGUCUGAAACCAGCCUGUGUGUUUAAGGUGGAAGGCAGAGCUUAUGCAAUUGAAGAUUAUUAUCUUGAUGAUUUGAAGGACACUGUUCUUUACAAGAUUCCUUCUCAAAGAAUUCAGGAACCGGAUAUAGGAAGGGAAAUGUAUGAACUAGCAGUGUCUUUGAUUCGGUCAUUUGAUGAGAUGGAGAUGAAGGGUAAUAGGGAGAAGACACACUUGAGUGCUGCGCCUGAACGUGGAAGUGUGUUAGUGUUUUUACCAGGUUUGAGUGAAAUAAGAUGCAUGCACUUAUAUCUCUCAAGAACGUUUGGCAACAGGUGGAAAGUGUGCCUGCUUCACUCAAGCAUGGUAUUAGAGGAACAAAACAAUGUAUUUUUGUCUACACUUCCUGGCUACAGAAAAGUUAUCCUGUCUACAAAAAUAGCUGAGAGCUCUAUUACAGUUCCUGAUGUUAAGUAUGUGAUAGAUUUCUGCUUAAGUAGAACUCUGAUUUGUGAUGAGGAAACUAAUUACCAAAGCUUGAGGCUUUGCUGGGCAUCUAAAACAGACUGUGACCAAAGACGGGGUCGUGCUGGACGUGUUUCCAAAGGCUAUUGUUACAGGCUUGUGCACAAGGACUUCUGGAUGCAAUUUAUUCCAGAGACAUCAGUACCUCAGAUAAUGUGUUAUCCAUUGGGAACCAUAAUCUUAAAAAUGAAAAGGCUUGGUAUGGACGAACCAAAAGCAUUGCUGGCAGCAGCUCUUUCUCCACCCAGCACAGGCAACAUUGAGCGUACCAUACUUCAUCUGAAAGAGCUGGGAGCACUUACAACUCAUGUGCAAACAGAAGAAAAUCCAUACGAUGGUGAGCUGACUUUCUUAGGGAAGGUAUUGGCUCAGUUGCCAGUGGAUCUACGUCUUGGAAAACUGAUAGUCCUUGGGCAUGUCUUUGGGUGCUUGGAAGAAUGCCUUAUUAUAGCUGCAGCACUCUCUUUGCGGAAUUUUUUUUCAGUACCUUUCAGAGAGUUUAUUGACGGAUACAGGAAGAAACUGUUUUUUGCUAGCAAUAGUAAGAGUGACUGUAUUGCCAUUGUGAAUGCGUUUAAGGCGUGGCAGGCCUGCAAACAAAACCAGAGGCAGAGAGACCCCAAGGAAGAGCUUGAGUGGUGUCGAAGAAAUUAUAUUCAUAAUAAGAGAAUUAGAAAGGUUGUAAUAGCUGGUGCUUUCUAUCCAAACUAUUUUACUUUUGGAAAAUGUGAGGAAGACACUGUGAGACAGUUUGCUGGCAAAGAUCCGAAAACCACUGUAAUGCUGAAGCAUAUUCCUCCUUAUGGAUUUCUAUACCAUAAACAGUUGCAGUCACUAUUUAGACAAUGUGGGCACGUAAAAUCUAUUGCCUAUGAUGGAUCAAAGGCUUUUGUGGAGUUCUGUCGUCACCCAGCAGAGGGCUUUCAGAUUCUUCCUGCAGUGUACCUGUCACUCAAGAUGUCACAGCUGAAAAUUCCUUUUGAGCUCAAUGUUCAUUAUUCAGAUUAUAUUAAAAGGCAACUGCAAGAUGUGAGAGUCGCACAAGUGGAAUCUCUAAGAGUAAAUGUGGACUGUGUGAAGCAGACAGUAGAGCCUGUGAAAAUCUCUUCUGGUACUUCACACCAGUUAAAGAUGUUCCCACGUAGUCUUCUGCCCAUUUGGAUAACAGAGGUAGUUGAAGUUGGACACUUCUGGGGUCAAAGGACAGAUGAAAAAACUGGGGCUGUCCUCCAGGCUCUAAAUGAUGAAAUUAACAACCGGAACCUGAUCAGUUUGUCAGUGACUCCACAUCCAGAGUUGUUUUGUCUGGCACCGUUCACUCAACUGGGAAACAAACAAUACUAUAGAGCUCGUAUUCUGCGUGUUUGCAGAGAUGUUGCUGAGGUUUUUUUUGUGGAUUAUGGUAAUAUAUCAAAAGUGCCUUUAAAGACAUUGAAAGAGAUGCCAAGCUGUGUUCGAGGGCUUCCUUUCCUGGCUUUAGAAUUCAAGAUGUGCAAGAUGCGUCCAUCUGCAAAAUCUCUUGUAUUUGGGGAACAGUGGAGUUACAGCGCUAAUGAGAGAUUUGCCUCGCUAAUAUAUGGCCAUAGUGUUCUAGUGAAGGUGUACUCAUUUGUGCAUAGCGUUGUGCAUGUGGAUGUUCUCUGUGUCUCGGCAAACAAUACCCUUGUGAAUGUUCGAGAUGUGCUUGUUGAAGAACAUUAUGCUGAACUAGCAGAAGAACCAUAUGAAUCACAACUAAGUCAUGAUUUGCUUAAGGGAUUAUGUUUGGACCCAUUAAAGACAGAGGAGAAAAUGCCUGUGUCUUCAAGAAAAGAAACGAAUCUCAUUGAAAUGUUCUUAAAAUUGUUUCCUGACAAUAAACCUGGUGCAGCAAUCCAUAAGGUAACUAUUUCUACCCCAUUCAGUCCUUAUGAGGUCAAAUGCUACGGUAUGAAUAGAGUAUCCCAGUUCAGAGAUGUUGUCAUACAAAAGGAAAGCAUAAACUCUGUUGUUGUCUAUCAUGGUUCAGAAGGUCCCUUUCAGCAGUUGUUGGUUGCUGCUUCUUUAUCAGGAAAUACAACUGCAGUGGGAUCUGCUGUUCAUAUAGGCGAAACAACUUUGAUGCCUCCUAUUCCUGGACUACUUGCACUCCUUAGUAUGUUGUUUGCUCCUACUAUAGAACUCAGGGUUGAUGGAAGUCGAAAGCAUUUUACUGGUGCUCUGUGUGGUUUGGGUUGGAGUCAGACUUGUCAGGCUCCGCUGCUUCCAGAAAAUGAGAUGGAGCUGACAUUUGAUGUACAUUUUGGACUGGAAGACAUAACAGAGAUUAAUAUCCUUAGGAUAGCCAUUAAUGAGCUGCUUCAUGAAUGUGAAGUGUAUUCUGAACGAGAGAGAAUGAGACAGCUGCAGCAAAAUGUUCGUCAGAAAUUUCUAAGUUUAAUCUGCAAAUCAAAACCUCAAGAUACAAUUGCUCCUACAUGGCACGGGAAGCCAUUUGCAUGGAAUCAGGUGGAUUCUCAGCGUAUCAUUGACCAGUCUGACGGCCAGCAUGGAAGAGGAAAUGGUCUUUAUCAGCCACAUAAGCUUAUUCGGUUGAAUGUUUGAAUACUUCAGGAAGUCAUUCAGAGGGAGGAGGUAUUAAAACUAGUUUAAAAGUCUCGUCUUCUAGAUAUCUCUAGGAUGUCUGUUUUGCAUGACUGUUCCGUAAGAUUAGUGUUAGUGUACAAAAAUACAGUUUGAAAUAGGUUCAUAGUAGCUUUUCAAACAAACAUUUGCAGGCCCUAGAACCUGUUGAGUUUAUUCAUAAAACAAGCUGACUUAAAGCAGGGUGCAGUUUUCAUUCUAAUAAUGCUCUGAGCAAAUUUAUCACAAGGCAUAUGAAAGACAAAGCAAAUCUAAUUUAAUCAUUCAUUUUCUGUCUAAAAGCUCAUAAGCCAUGGGGCAUGACUUUUUUGUCUUUAACUGCAAGUUGCAUUUUUAUUUUCUUUGUUAGUUUUUCAAAAGGCCAUACAACAAAGGUGUUUGGGGUUUUUCUUAACCAAAAGCUAUAGUUGAAAGAAAGCUGACAAUGUAGGUUCUGUUCUGAUCCAAAAUACAACUUCAUAUGUUGGAUACAUUUUUUCAUUGAUCUUUUUCAUACAGAAAGAUAUAAUAUGUGAUUUAUUUUCCUGUAUGGCAGAAGAAUGGUUUUGAAUUACUGAUUUAUGGCACUUUUGUUUUAUCCUUUCCUCUUAUUUUAAUCUGUGAGAUCUUUAGUCCUAAAAACUAAGUGACUGCAGAAUAAAAUGCAGAAGUUAAAUAAAAGGUAUUUGUC